CACGCAUACUCUGUGUACGCAUAUAUAUACAUACACAUCUAUAUAUAGCUGGAGCCUCCCCUUCGUCGAUUCCGAUUUCCCUUUCACGCUUUCUCAGAAAUCAUUUCCUCCCUUUUUUCCGUUUCCUUUUUCUCUCUGAGCUCCGUCUUCUUCAAUCCAUUCCCAAAAAAAAAAAAAAAAAAAUUCCUGAAUCAGGUAAUUGUUUAAUUUUGUGUUUGAUCGAAGAAUUUUCGUGAUUUUUUUACAGUAGAAGAAAUGGAAGCUGAAUUGAAUGAGUAGAAAUUACGAAGCUGGAAGUUGCAAUAAUUAGGUCAACCCAGCUACAUUUAUUGCCGUGUGUUGAGUGUUUUUUUUUUUUUUUUAAUUAGGGUGCAUUUAUUAGCGUCAAUAAAUGAAGUAGGAAUUGUUUCUGUGUUGAUUCUAUAUUUGGUAAAUUGUGUUGUUUUUAUUUGGGGCGAAAUUCGCGAUGGAAUUCAGUUUGAGCUGAAAGGUUAAUUAUGGGGAAUUUGAAUUAAUCGCGAUUAGCAAAUUUUUUCGUGUUCGUAUUUGCAGUUUUAAUCUUUCGUUUAAUUAAUAAGUUCUCGAUGUAUACUUAUGGUAAUAAUCUGCAGAAAAAAAAUAUGUUUUAAGCUCCGAUUCAUAAUUGGCUGUGAAGUUCAAUUUCUAGAUAUUUUGACUUGCUUUGAUUUUUAUUUAUUUUUCUAAUCUGCGUCGUUUUUCGAUUUACUUCGUUUUCAUGGAUGCUGAUUUUGAUUGAUUUUAGCUUCCCAUGCUUAAAUUCAGUAGGUUUUAAUACCAUUAAUGAAGCCACUUCUGCAUGGGGUAUCAAGAAUUUGAUUGGGGUUUUUUUCUUCCCUUGAUUUUUCAGCCUUACAAAGGCUUAUUCGAUGCGAAUUAAGUUGCUAGAUUUGUGGAGUUUAAGAAGUUCUUUCUCUCUCUGACAGACAGACAAACACGCAGAGAGUAAUAAAAAUGGGGCACAGCACUACUACUGAGAGUGAAGACGGUGUGCUAUCUGCCGAUUCUCCUCUGAGCAACGAUGGGGAAAAUUCAGGCGGAAGUUCAAAUGGCAACGCUCUUCUGAAGAAAGGCCCGUGGACAACUGCUGAGGAUUCAAUUUUAGUUGACUAUGUGAAGAGGCACGGAGAAGGCAACUGGAAUGCAGUUCAGAAACACUCGGGGCUUUCACGGUGUGGAAAAAGCUGCAGGUUAAGGUGGGCCAACCAUUUACGGCCGAAUCUUAAGAAAGGGGCUUUUACGUCAGAAGAAGAGCGGUUAAUAAUCGAACUUCAUGCCAAGAUGGGAAACAAAUGGGCUCGAAUGGCUGCACAUUUGCCUGGAAGGACGGACAAUGAGAUAAAGAACUACUGGAACACCCGAAUAAAAAGGCGUCAACGUGCUGGUUUACCACUUUACCCUCCUGAUUUAUGCCUACAUGCACUGCCAGAGAAUCAACACCACGGUUCACCUGGAAUAUAUGAUGGAGAUAAAGGAUGUCACGAUAUCAUGCAAAUCAAUGGUUAUGAGACACCUGAUUUCAUGUUUGAUAAUUUCAAUAUCUCACCAUACACAUCCGAAUUUCCAGGUAUUUCUGCCACCGUUUCGACGAGUAACGGAUUUGCUCCUCCUCAGUUCUGCACUUUUGCCCCCCAAAUUCCGAAAUGUGCGCAAGGAACUGAUGCACCUAUGCCAGACUAUGAAGGAGGUGCUCCAAUUGAGGCACCUCCAUUUCACAAGAAUCAAAUCGAAAGUUACGCGAGCAAAAUGUCUCCCUUUGGUCUGUAUUUCCCAUACGAACCCGACCCCACCCAGAAAAUGUUUCCUUUUGGUGUCGAUAAAGACAGUCAUUUUAUGUCAAAUGGCAUUUCCUCUGCUUCUGAGCACUUCACAUGUAAUCAGAAGUCGGAGCUCCCUUCACUCCAAUAUCAAGAAUCCGGAUUCGGUGCUUGGGAUUCCACACCCGAAUCAUUUGAUUCUUUAGUCCAGUCUCCGAUGUUAGGGCCACCAUCUUCACAUUGGCCUUCUCCAGGUAGCAGUGGUCUCUUAGAAGAUCUACUUUACGAGGCUAAGGCACUGAGCAAGUCAGAUAAUCAAUCUUCUGAUUGGGCCACUUCAUCCAACAUCAGCCAUGGAGAUGUAAAAGAUAGCCCCGCCUUGGAAAAGGGUUCCGCUGGGUUUAAAGAUUAUCGUGACCACCCUAGUUCCCCAUCGGGUAACUCGAUAGGAUCGAUUUUCAACGGGUACACUUCGGCUGGUACAUUCAGAAGUUCAUUGGAAGAGAACAAAUCUGUGCGCCGUGUGAAAUCAGAGGUGUUCGACCAAAGUUGGAUCUUAGAUUGCGAAAGCAAAAAAAACCCGAAUAACUACUUGGACUAUUCUACCCCUGAAGCAUCACUAGGUUCAUACUGGGUCGAGCAAAAUGCUUCAUAUUGGAAGCAACAAGGCUGCCCACCAACCGAUGCUAUUGGAGCUCUAAUGGGUGAAGAUACGAAGAACACUUCUAUUUGGGGCCUUAGUUCUUGCUGCUGGAAUAACAUGCCAGCUGUCUGCCAAAUGUCCGAUAUUCAUUGAAUAUCGAAAAUCGUCGAAAAAUGCUUUACUUAUUAGCUUUUCUCGAUUUGUUGCAUUGUUUGUUGCCAUUUUUUUCUUCAUCUGAAUUGGUUAAAUCGAAAAAGAAAAAAAAAAAUAGUGUCUUUGUAAUAUAGAAAUUCCACAGGGUGCUAAUGCAGUCAGUCACUCGGACUUCGAAAAUAUGUAAUCCUCUCUCUCGUGUUGUGUGAUUUUAUUCGGAUUUUUGUCAUUUUUGAGGAAUGUACUUGUUACCUCCAUUGUAUUCCUAAGUUCGUAGUUUUCACGAAUUCAGUACGGUUUGUAUGUUUUUCUGGGCAACGAUUUGACGCUUUAAUCGUUACCAAUUACCAUUUACUCUCUCCGUUUCGUACGAGGAUUUCU